CCCCGCCUAGCGGGCGCCCCGCCCCUCUCCCAAAGUCCUUUGCCCGGGCGCGCAGCAGCGGCGGCGGCGGCGGCGGCGGCAGUGGGGACGAGCACCGGCCUGCAGGCCCGCGGACGCAGCACCAGAGGAUGGGCGGGGGCCAGCUGAACGGACCUAAUGUGAGUGAAGUUUCCUGCAAGAAACGGGAUGACUAUUUGGAAUGGCCUGAGUAUUUCAUGGCAGUGGCCUUCUUAUCAGCUCAGAGAAGCAAAGAUCCAAAUUCCCAGGUUGGAGCCUGCAUUGUGAAUGCAGAAAACAAGAUUGUUGGAAUUGGGUACAAUGGAAUGCCGAAUGGGUGCAGCGAUGACCUGUUGCCUUGGAGGAGGACAGCAGAAAAUAAGCUGGACACCAAAUAUCCUUAUGUGUGCCAUGCUGAGCUGAAUGCCAUCAUGAACAAGAAUUCAGCUGACGUGAAGGGCUGUAGCAUGUAUGUCGCCUUGUUUCCAUGUAAUGAAUGUGCUAAGCUCAUCAUCCAGGCAGGUAUAAAGGAAGUUAUUUUCAUGUCUGAUAAAUACCAUGACAGUGAUGAGACAACAGCUGCGAGGCUCAUGUUUGAAAUGGCUGGGGUUAUAUUCAGGAAAUUCACACCCAGGUGCAACAAGAUUGUCAUUGACUUUGAUUCAAUUAACAGCCAACCGAGUCAGAAGCUUCAGUGAGUUCAAUCUCAUUAAAUCUACAGAAGUUUGGGACUCUCCUCUUCUAAGAAGCUGCUAAUGCCUUUCAUCUUGAAGUUACACAAAACUUUUUAAUAGCCAGGCCAGCACAAGUAGACAUCUAAAGAAUGUAAAGCCUCACAUCUCCCUUACCCUCCCUCCUGUCACAUGGAACCUACAUCUGUUUAAACUAUUGAUUUAGGGUUGGAAAUAAGGGAAGCUGCAGAUCGCCUGUCACACAAGGCUAGAUUAAGGAUGUCUUCUCACUUGUGACCUCGUUCACUGGGAUCCUGGUUGCUCACAGAAGACUGUUAGUUCUCUCUCAUCCACUGCAUUUCAACAGCCAUUUCUAUGUGUGCUGGAAGGACACAUAAAUAAUUGUUUGUGUUCUUAGCGGGUAUAGCAGCCACGCUGAUGUGCACAUCUGGCCCAAAUGAAGCAUAACAUGUAUUGCCCUUGGAGAAAAAAAAAUGGCACCCAAAUGACAGUAGCAUUAAAGUACUUGGUGCAGAGUUGAGGGAAGCCCCUACCCACCCACCCAGAAAACCUAGAUCAGAUGGUACAUCUGUCCUGACAGAUGAUCAGCACCACUGAACCAGGAAUAUUUCCUCUGUUCCUGCUAUCCGGUUACAUGCUGGCUAGUGGCACAUUAUCCCUCUGGGGGUGAGAACCCCUAUUGUUUUGGCCUCUUAUUUUUGCUUUGUUGAUCACAUGGAGCUGUUACAUUUAGUUUAUCUGAGUAAAGAGUUGUUCCCAGAGGACACCUUUUCUCCCAUUGCCACCCCCCAGACCACGUCUUGCUGCAGUGGCCACUGGGGUUGCAUGGGUGGGAGGUGUUGAGCAUAUUCCCACCUCUGCUGCAUGGAAACAGGUUGCUCCCUCUAUCUGCCAACACAGUUUAUUUCCAGAGACACUCCACAACCAGAGAGUAAAUCACUUCCUAUCCUUCAGGUGCAUUGUGAGAAAUUCUGCCCACCUGGAGGCAUUUCUUCCAGAUCUAUUGGUGAUGGAAGGAAGCUCAUUUGUGCUGGCACCACACCUUCUAUGCAAACAUCACCCUAAACAUGCUUGGUGCCUUUGUUGAGAAAAUGGUUGCUUCACCUUAAAGAUUACUACCUUUUUUUGAGUGCUCUUACAGUUUGAAGAAUUUUUAUUCUGUCUCCGGUUUUGCUCUCCACAUUCUAAGACAUUAUAAUUUGGCUCCUUGCCAAUAUUAUUAAAAUCUUAUUAAAAUUUACCAUACCAAAGUA